AGGCAGCGGCGCGCGAAGAGUCCUCGCCAUCCUGCUGCUGCUGCUGCUUGUCCCAUCCUGGUGCUGACCGCUAAAUGUGUCGGGCUGGAUAGACGGUGCGUGUGUUCCGAGUAUAUCGAGUACGACGACGCACCGCGUCCGCGUGAUAUACGCGCUGCCAGUCUAGGGCGCUUACGCGUUCUCGGCUCACGGGAAAUAUAUACGGCGCGGAGGGGUGCGACACCGAUUGGGGGGUAACAGUGCGAGAGGAGGACGGAAAAUGGGAGUGCAUGUGUGAGAGAGAAAGGGAGAGAGGGAGAGAGAGAAAGAUCGAGUGACUAAGAGAGUGAGCGAAGCAGAGAGAAGAGAAGGAGAGAGAGAGAGAGAGAGAGACAGAGUGAGACCGAUGUGCUACGACAUGUGUCCGUGCUGAGGAUAUCGUGUCCCCGACUGUGCCAACUUACGAGGGUUACACCUCGAGGCAGGGAGACCGGCUCUACGAGAGAGGGGAAGGGCGAGAGACACACGGACGAGGAGAAAGAUAGGGAAAAAUUCUCGUUGUCCCGUGCGCCGUUCUUCGGGGUUCUCUCGUCGUCGUCGUCGUCGUCUACGCGGAACCACCACCGAUGCAGACCUUACGGAAAAAAAACAGUCCGUGCAAGUUCAAAAAUGACCCAACCCGUUUUCUUGGGGAGGGCGUAUCGUUCAAGGCGAAACUGAUCGGUAUUUUGGAGGUAUCGGAAGCACGCGGUGACCGGAUGUGCCAGGCGGCCUUGGCUGACCUGAAGAUGGCGAUUCGCGCCGCCGGUGAACACAAGCAACGAAUCGCCGUUCAGGUCAGCAUAGACGGGCUUCGUUUGAGGGACGAAAAGACGGGGGACUGUCUGUAUCAUCAUCCGGUGCAUAAAAUAUCGUUUAUUGCUCAAGACAUGAGUGACUCGAGAGCCUUCGGUUAUAUUUUCGGCUCGCCGGAUACCGGACAUCGGUUCUUCGGCAUCAAGACUGAUAAAGCGGCAAGUCAGGUGGUGAUAGCGAUGCGAGACUUGUUCCAAGUAGUGUUUGAGCUGAAGAAAAAGGAGAUCGAGUUGGCGAAACAGCAUAUAGAGCAGAAUGCCAUUAACGCGAUUAAAUUCCACACCGGUGGUAUUUUCGUUGAGCCAGCGCCCGAUACUAAGGGUGCAGCAAGCACCGAAUCUUCAUUUCAUCGAAUUCGCACGACUAAUUCCGAGGUUGACAAGUCCGCCGAUCGCAAGAACGAGUCGCAGAGUGGCGUGAUCGCGGAUUUGCUGGAUCUGCAAUUUGAAUUAAACUCGCUGCAGCAAGGUAUACAUCAAAUGGACAAAAUCACACCGGAAAAUCCCGUGCCAUCUACCGACGAUCUAUUCGAGAGCGAUCCCUUCGGUGAUUCUUUCGCAAACAUGAAGCUUCAAGACACAGUUCGUCCGAUUUUACCACCACCACCCUCGUCGACAAAAAGGGGACAUUUGGAGCGACAACAUACUGUGCCGGUACCGCCUGUAUCGACUACUUCCAGUCCAGCAACAACAUUGGUCAGUAAAACGCCGCCUCCGCAAAGUACAAUUCAUUGGUUCGACAAGGAGACCGAAAAUCUUUUCAACGAUAGCGAGCUGACAAACUUGAAUAAGAACUCGACGACGAAAAAAGAGGAGGAUAGCUCGACGGAGACUACACCCCGCAACACUCAGACAAAGAGCCCACAGAUCGAUGUGUUUACGGAGCUGGAUCCUCUCGGAACAGGUCUGAUUAAGCCUUACGUGGAUAAGAAGGAUUUCUUUCAACAUCUGAAGAAUCCGCCGAAAAAAGUUCUCAAGGAUUUAGUGUCCACAAAUUCGAGCGACUGUUUCCCGACGAACUUCAACGUCACAACCGCCGCGGAUUCUUUAGAAUCGACGAAGCAGAAUGAGCUAUCGUCGAAGGAUAAUGAAAACAGCAAUUUCGCCAACUUUGAUCAAUUCGACAAGAAUGAGGCGAAUCAGUCCUCCCAGCAAAGAAUCGAUUCGCCGCCGAAGAAAGAGACAGUUGCAAGAUCGAUCCAUCAUCAGCCUCUGUCGGUAUCUCUGCCACCGGAGGAGACGACGUCAUCUAAAGGAACGAUCACGUCUACAACUACUUCGGGAGGAAGCUCGAUUCUCCGCAGCAUGGAUAGAGACUCCACGGAAUCAACGCAGGCGCUGGUGAAGUUGCCGAGCCCGAAGAAGUAUUUACAGCGAAAGAGAGAUUUCGACAUUGACCUGCCGGCCGGCAAAACUCAAUCUGUAGAAUCUAGCAAACCGUUUCCAGUGGAUUUUUCUGUGACGAACGAAUCGCCAGCAUCGCCGCUUCGAUCCUGUUCGUCGGACGCGAACUCGCGUCUGUCAAGCUCGAGCGCGGAGCUGGAUUUAGUGCCGGAACCUCCGCCCAGGGGUGCGGGUAGUAUCCUUAUCAAUCCACCGCCGUUGCCACCGAAAAAACAGAGUGUUCGUGGGGGCGUGAGACCGCCGCCUAGACCGCCCCAUACGGACGGACACUUUCAGUACGAUUUUCCGCCGCGCGAGACUUCCUCACCGUCACCUACCAGAAUUAUCAGAGACAAGAACAAAAGUCCGCCGAAGGACACGAAAGGCCAUCAGUUUGACGACAACUUUAGUCCGCCUCCGCAGAUGCCUGCCAGAUCAAAUUUUAUGGCUACGACAACUACUACUUCCGCUUUCGAGGACUCUUUCAGCACAAUACCGAUUCCAUCUACAACGCCAUCUGCAUCAUUUACUGGCAACAUCACUGUUUCGGUUAUGGAUUCUAAAAAACCGAAACCAUCACUCGAUAUUACGCUCAGUCAGUUGACGUCGUCCUGGACGAAUUUGGACGAGCUGGCCUCCAGUCUUGGCAUGACCGUCCAACAGCUGACAAGUUUGACCUUGACGCAACUCACGCAAUGCUUGGCGAAUCUAUCGACGAAGGAAACUGUCGCGGAGGACGAGGUGGAGGAAACUAUGGAUCCAUCAAUAACGAUGGAGGAGCAACCGGUGAUUCCGUCUAAGCCUACAAUUUCGUCCUUGUCAUCGCUAGCAUCGAAAUCGAUCGAGACAACAGGCCCAAAUUCGACUUCUUUCACAUCUUCGGAGUUGUUUAAAUCUAAUAACGAAUCAGAACCGAAGCAAGAUUCUACGUAUGAUAAGUAUGCAGUUUUUAGAGAGCUGUUAGAGAUGGAGCAGAUAGAACAGAAGGAGGAGACAAAUGUGGAAGAAAUCACCGAGAUGGAAAAGGAAUCCAACGAAAGCGGACAAAUUGAUGGAGAAAAGAUCCAACCGGAAGUGCGAGCCAGUGAGAGCACUUCUAAUUCAAUAACUUCAUUGACAAAUUUAACUGCCCAAUUAUCGUCGAAGAGCGAGAAUCUGUUAAAAGAAAAGUUAGACGAGACGAUGAUUAACUCCUUCACGAAUCUGACGGAACAAAAAGAAAAGCUGGGUGAAACCGAAGACAUCGAGAAAAAAGAUAUCGAAAAAGAAAGCGAGAUAAUGGCGGAUGCAGAUAUCACGUCCGACUCAUCCACGGUUCAGCAGACGGAAAUAGAUGCUGAGGACGACACGGAGAAGACACAAACUAUCAUGGACGUGGAGGAGAAAGCGGAUAAUUCCGAAAAAGGAAGUGAUGCCAAUGGGACAUCGUCUGAUAAAGUCGGCUCGGACAUCCUCAACGAUGAGACGAAUGGUUCGUCCGUUGCUGAAAAAUCGGAAGUAAAAUCCUCGACGUCGACGUCGAGCGACAGAUAUGCCGCAUUGCGCGAGAUUAUCGGCGAGCCGGAACCGUCACCGAUUAGAAAAGACGAUGAGGAAAUGAUAAGUUCUGCCAGGACAUCACCGGCGAUACAAUCUCAGCAGCCGAAGAGUUUAGCCGAGAUAGAGUUACUGAAUCUGUUCUCUGAUAAUCUUCCGCCACCAUCGAGCCCGAAUAUAUCGGCCAAGAAGGAUCCGAUCGAUCUGAAAACCGUGGCGAUGGAUAUCUUUGAGGAAAUAAAGAUGCUGAACACCGGUAUGCAUCGCGCCAAAGAAACCAAGCCAGCACCGCCUUCGUCUUCAGGUUUCGAGGACAUGUUCUGUCCGUUCUCGGAAACAACGCGAUCGGACAAGGAUGACGGCAAGGAAGACGGCAAUUGGGCAAAAUUUGACACGGGUAUUUUCGGUUCAUCUGACAGAUCAUCCUGCGAGGGGCAACGAUCGAUAGGUGGCACUUCACCGUGGUCUCCAGACGGCAAGGAUUUCCAUAGGGAAGUACCGUUCAAGGGUAGCGGCGGAUAUCGGCAUUCAGGAGACAGUGAUAACGAAUGGAAAGACGAGGAAGAGAGCGAGGAAAGCAACGGCAGAGGACGAGGAGACGGUAGAUUUUGGUCUGGCUCACGACAUCCGAGGUUUGACGCGCCAGGAUUUGAAGAUAGAUCGUUUUACGAGGAUGGGGAAAAGCGAGACCGUAGCUUCCGCGAGAGGAUGGGCAGAAAGUCGCGCGGAGCACUGUGGACCAAAAGUAGCGGUAGUCACCGACCGCGCGAUCCAUCGCCGUGGCACGACGAGGGUCAGUGGGAGGACGAAGGUCCAAGACGAUAUCGGAAGGUACAAUCGUAUAAGGACGACGAGGAUCAGUACGAGGUGCACUGGAAAUGUCGACCAAAGCCGCCACCUCAACGAUGUAACUGGAGCCAUGACGUUCACGGCACAUAUUACGAUGACGAGCGCAAGCGGAAACUGAUGCUGUGGAACGACGAGGAUCGAUUCGGUAGUGAAGAGAGCAUGGGCUACGACGAGGAGGAUCGAUGGAGCAGGAGAAGGUACGAGAGAAGACGAUGGGAGGAGGACAGUAGAUUCUGGAGCAGAAGAGGGCCUCCCGACGCCGAUUAUCCUAUGAGAGAAGCGUAUUAUUACUAUCGUGAAAGCAGAGAAAGACCUCACGAUUAUCCGUCCUGGGAAGAGGAGUAUGGCUCCGAACGUCCAGGUGAUGACUCGCCUAGGUACAAUCCAGCUAACAGGAAGAGACAUUGGCCAAAGAGACCCAACAGCGCAAACGACGGUCGCAACAGCGACAUGUUAUAUCCGGAUUCGCGUAAAUUCGGCGGCGCUUCUAGAUCUGAGUGCAGCGACAACGAUUCCGAUCCGUAUCUGCGGUCCUCGCAGCGAUCCAGGAGUCGCGAGAGCUACUGGGGUAGCGAUCAGGAAUACGAUAGCUGGGUAGAGCGACCGUACUGGUCCGAAGGUCCCGAUACGAAGAGUGAAACGAUGCAUCGCAAGCGGAUAGCCAGGCAUAAGACGCGACAGACUCAGAAGACGCAGAGCCCGUUCGAGGACGAUUUCGCGCAGAGCGUCGAACACGCGGAGCCGUCCGUUACCGGUCCGGGCGUGGCAGAAUCAUUGACACCGAUGGAAGCGCGCGUACGACUGGAGAUGACCGAACAGAAGCGAGAACCGCCGCAAUCCGUGAGUCCGUCGUCCGGCAUCAGAGGCUCCAAGGAUCACCCGAGACGGGAUAUGAGUGUCCGGGAAUACGGCAAACGUUCGAGCUAUUUUGAGGACGAUCUCACGCCCACGGCCAGCGCGUCUAGCGACGCGUCCGAUCGACCAAGAUUGUCAUCCGAUUUCAAGGCCACGCCGGAGGAGCUGCCGUGCGAUGCCAAGGAUCUGCAACAGCCCGUCGACGGCUUCGUUUCAGAGGAAAGCGGUCGCGAUUCUUUCUUCAACGGCGACCUGAGAUUCGAUGACGACGCCUUCGUCUUCAAGUCCGAGCUGGAUGACAACGUGCCGGAUCAUCGCGCCACUACAUUGCCGCUGAAGAAUUCCAGACAAGGAAAAUACGGACCGGGGAAUAACAACAAUAAUAAUAAGGCUGCUAGGAGUGAUCAAUAUAUACGGAAAUCGGAGUCGGUGAAUAUCUUUGCGAGGGAGAGCGAUCCGUUCGAUGACGAUGAUUUCUUCAACUGAUCUGUCGUAACGUGACGAACGUUAGUAAGCAAGAGUAACGAUCGCUAAAAUCCCGCACUAAAUUCAGUGACAUUGGUGUGAUCUAGAUAAUUGAAACUUGAAUGUGUGUAUAUGUGUAUGCGUGGAUGAGAAAGAAUGAGAGAGAGAGAGGAAAAGGAAAUGGUCGCGUACUGGGUGAACGUCGACGUAAAAAAUGGUGGAUUUCUCGCUAUAGCAAUACUUGGUUCUUGUCAGAACAUCAGCUGUAGCAAUUUUAACGUAGCGAAAUUGAGGAGAAAGCUUCAAACGCGGCUGGAAUAAAUAUGCGGAAGUAUAUCGUUAUCUAUUACAUAUCGGUUUUUCGUUACGCUUGCUUUGUGUCCGUGAAAUUCUUUCGAAAAUUUAUUUUCCCCUCCACUGAUUGUGAGAUCAGAAUUAAUUUAAAACAUUUAUGCUCGCAUUUCUUAGCAGAAGUAGAUUUAUUUGGUCAAGAAAAGAUUAAAACGCUCGAAAAUUGGCGAUGAUCAAACUUAUGUUCAAAAGUGUUAAUAACGGAAUCGUAACUAUUUCACAAAGAAACUAGUCACUAUUUUAACGAAUCUGUAUAUAAUACUAUUGAUGUGUUUAGGAUCGAUUUGCUGAGAGAGUGCGAGAAAGAGAGAUAUGUGAUUUAAUACAAUUGUGUAUUGCGUAAUCGCAUAAAUCAAUAAUUGUUAAUAUCACGUGCAUUACGUAUUUAUUUAUAUAUUUAUGUUUAUGUACAUUUAUAUUGCAGAACAAUGCGGUGAUUUUUGUCGUUUUGUAAAUGAAUAAUUUAAUUUCCAUUGUCUUCUUACGAACGAUUCUCUAGUCAUGCGUAACCGUUGCGUUGGGAGCUUCACAAAAGAACCGAUAUCGCGCGUUUUUGGGGAGAAAUCAAAACAUGAUUUUUAUACAUUUUUAACUAGUAUGGAUCGAUUACGUUGCAUUAGGCAUUUAUACAUUGUCGACGAUCAUAUGUAUCCUUCUGUGCAUGCUCCCACCGACUUCGCUAUCGAUAAAAAUUGCUCUCGCUUAUGAGAGACGUAAAGAGAAAAAGAGGAUAGAAAUAUUAUGUUUACAAAGGCAAUUAUAUAUAUAUAUA